AUGCUAUCAAUUCAGACGUCCUCAAAGCCAGCGAAAUGCAACAUAUUGCCGUGCCAGAUCAAAUAUACAGGUCCUACGGACGCCACAGAGAAACAUUGGGUUGUGACUGAGGGAUCUGGGGAAGAUGAGCCAAAAUCGGCAUCUUUCCGAGGGAGGAAGUUGGCUGGGAAAUCUCUUCCGGUGCCUGAAGGCUACAAGGGCCACAUUCUCGAAGCUACAGAGGAGAAGUUACAGUCCGAAGACCAGAGUUCAACACCACCAAUCUCUGAAGAAGAAUUGGACGUGAAUAUCUUCAAGGGGUUGUGUACAUUCGACGAGAUUACAAUUUGGGGUCACGAUGCUAUUCCUGACGAAAGUAGCGAUAGUGUUGUCAGAGGAAUCGACGAAUGGAUCGAAUUUGCGAAUAAGAUUCAUAGCUUCGAGGAGGACGACGUAGCGGAAAAGGCAACAUAA